UCACAUUACAAAAUGAAAAACAUAUCAUCAAAUCACCUAAAAACCUAAAGGGAAAUUCUCUCAUUUGAAGAUGACAAUGAUGAUGAUAACUCUAUAAAGUAUCCUCUUAGAGAUUCCAUCUUUUCUAUUGCAUGGAGAAAAAGAUAGAAGAGGAUCAGCAUCAUCAACAACAACAACAAAAGGAGCUGCUCAACAGUUCCAAGAACACAGAGACUAAGAUCCAGCACCAAGAAGAACAACAGCAACAAAUCUUACAAGGAGCACCAUCAUCACACAUGGCGAAUCUAGAUACGUCAUCAGAUCAUCAUCAUCAUCAGUUGGAGCUAGCUAACAACAUCAAUCUCUCAAGCAUCUUCGAUGCUCCACUUUCAUCACCUUUUCCUUAUUCUUAUUUAGAAGAACCCAAUCCUUUUCUUGACUUGCUCUCACAAGACCACCAUCAAUUUGCUUCAUCCUCUAACUCUUCUUCUUUUUCAUUCGAUGCCUUUCCUCUCGAAAACAACAAUACCAACCUCUUUAAUACGGAUUUACCCUUGUCUCAACCUUCAACAACAAAGGCUACGUCAUCAGAAGUUGUGAACACAGCAACGACAUCUCCAAACUCAACCUCAGUCUCCUCUUCAUCCAAGGAAGCUGUAAACGAUAAUACUGAUAAGGAGGUUACUCUUAAAGAUCCAGAAGAAGGAGAUCAACAAGAGCAAAAGGAUACUAAGCCCCAGUUGAAGGCAAAGACGAAGAACCAAAAGAAGGCAAGAGAGGCCAGGUUUGCGUUUCUGACGAGGAGCGAUAUUGAUAAUCUUGACGAUGGUUAUAGGUGGAGAAAGUACGGCCAGAAAGCUGUAAAAAACAGUCCUUAUCCCAGAAGCUAUUACCGUUGCACCACAGUGGGUUGUGGAGUGAAGAAGCGAGUGGAGAGAUCGUCUGAUGAUCCUUACAUCGUCAUGACAACCUACGAAGGUCAACACACUCACCCUUUCCCCAUGACACGUGGACACAUAGCAAUGUUUACGUCACCAAUCCUCAACCAUGGUGCAACCACGGCGUCAUCAUCAUCAUUCUCUAUCCCUCAGCCACGCUACUUGCUGACGCAGCAUCAUCAACCCUACAGUAGCAUGUACAACAACUCUCUAAGCAUGAUCAAUCAAAGCUCCUCAGAUGGCACUUUCGCAAAUCCAGGAUCAUCAUCAUUCCCUGUAUUUAGUUAUGAUGUGUCACUAGCUUCUACUUCAACUACUUCGGCCAUUAGAGAUCAUGGAUUACUUCAAGAUAUUCUUCCUUCGCAGAUCAUGUCGAAUACUAUUGACACCAGAACCAAUGAAAAGGAUAGAAUAUGAACAACGUUUUUUUGCCGGGGCAAUUGUUUUUUUUGGCCGGAAUCGGUUGAUAUGUUUUUGGGGAAUUUUUGGCCGGUAUAGAUAAUUACACCGAUAUUGCUGGCUGGCUUUCGUCAUCAAUAUCUAGUAUCGAAUAACCUAUGCUAACUAGGAACAGACGUUUGUAGCAUAUGUGAUAAAGUGUAUAUAUAUUUUUUUUUUUUGAGUUUUAACAAAAAUGUACAAUUUCUUUGAAGACUAUAUAUAUAUGGAGAGA